AUAUAGCCUCAAACCCAAGGUUUCUAUGGUACAAAAGUAAGAUGGAGGAUCUUGCAGUUGAAGUAUGCGGCGAGAAUGGGGCCUAUUAUAAGGCCUUCGUUACAGACAUUUUCGAUGAGGAAGUAUCCGUUGCGUUCGAGAAAGAUUGGCAGCCAGAAUCAAAAUUUCCAUUCUCGCAAGUACGGCUUCCACCUGAUGACUCCACAAGCAAAUCAGAUUUCACUGAAAACCAGGAAAUUGAAGUAUUUUCGAGGGCCAAUGAUCAGGAAGCGUGUGGUUGGUGGAAAGCAAUUAUAAAGAUGAUAAAAGGUGACUUCCAUGUAGUGGAGUAUCUUGGCUGGGAGAGUACCUAUACGGAAAUAGUGGGCAGUGAAAGACUAAGGCCGAAAAACCCAAAUCCUCCUAUAAGUAAAAGCACUUUCCAUAAGUUCGAAAUUGAAGUACCUGAAGAACUAAGGGAGUAUGCAAAAAUGGACUCUGCACAUAAAGAGUUCCAGAGGGCUAUUGAGGCUGCUAUUUGUCGGUAUGUUCCUGAGCGAGGGGUUCUUAGUGUUAUUUCUCGAAGUGAACAAUCAAAGAAAAGAUCUCAAAUGCUUCAAGAAAUGCAUUUUCGGAACCUCACACAGAAGGUUCUCUUGCUCAAACGCACCGAAGAAGCAGCUAGGCAACUUGAGUCUACGAAGCUGCAGAAUGUUGGGGGCAGAUUUAGGUCUUCAAACUUUAAUUAUCAGCGUGUCUCAAACUAUGAGGCAGGGCUGAGAGCAAAUUCAAGGUACACAGAUGAAUUCAGUGUGCGGGAGGAUUUGAUGGGCUUAGCAAUUGGUGCACAUGGGGCUAAUAUUCAGCAGGCACGGAAAGUUGAAGGCAUAACGAAUAUUGAACUUGAAGAAAAUUCCUGUACGUUCAAAAUACAUGGCGAGACCGCUGAAUCGGUAAAAAAGGCUCGAAGUAUGUUGGAGUACAGUGAAGAAUCUAUUCAAGUUCCUCGAGUGUUGGUGGGGAAAGUCAUUGGAAAGAAUGGCAGGAUCAUUCAGGAAAUUGUGGACAAAAGUGGUGUGGUUAGAGUCAAAAUAGAGGGAGAUAACGAACCACAGCCAACAAUCCCUCGUGAAGAAGGUCAAGUUCCUUUUGUUUUUGUAGGAACUGUAGAAAGUAUAGCCAAUGCAAAGGUGCUGUUGGAAUAUCACUUAGCACACCUAAAGGAAGUGGAAGCAUUAAGGCAAGAAAAGUUGGAAAUUGAUCAACAGCUACGAAGUAUACAUGGUACUACAAUGGGCUCAAUGCAGAACUUCCCUAUUCAGAGGCGCAACGACAGGGGCUACAAUUCAGACAUGGAUGGUGGGAGCAGUCGGGGCCGUGGUGGGCCAGCAAGAGGUCGUGGCAGAGGACGCGGAGGUGGUGGUGGUGCUCGACACAAUGAUGCAAGAUUUAAUUCGGGUUCAAGGCAUGCAACCCCAGAUACAGCUGAUGAGCGAGUUCGUGACUUACCACCCCGUCAGCAGCAUCAGUACAUGUCAUCUGCAGCAGGAAGUGGUUCACGUCAACCUGUUUCCAAUCAAGUGAUUCAGGGACAGCAGUCUGGAGGAGGUGCUCCACUUCCUGUUAGUGGUCGGCAAUCCCAGCGCAGGGAGAACCGCCGCGAUGAACGUCGACGUACCACUGAUGAUGAAGAGACAGUUCUUGACAGUCAAGAUGUAUCUAGUGUGGAUCAUGAGUCAGUGUCGAGCGUCGAGGGCUCCAGAACUCGCCGCCGCAGAAGACACAGGCGCAGGAUACGUCAGCGUAGCCAGACACCUUCUGGAGAGAACAUUAACACCAGUAGCACUGAAGGAACUGGCAUAGUUCCAGUCACGAAUGACCCUCAGUUUACUGCUAAAGAGGAGCCACAAAACAAUGAAGGACCUCCAAAGGGACAGCGUGAACCAAAGUCUCGUAAUCAGAGACCCCCACCCUCAAAACGCAACGAGGGUAAACCAAAAGAAGCUUUGGUGAAUGGUACUUCUGCUUAGAAGUGUGUGUAUUGGAUAUGCCACGCACAAUGGCCUCGAUGAACCAGCGUUAUUCUGAACGUAGUUUUGAAGUAUUUACAGGAAUGCAAGGCAAUGGAAUAAGUGAUUUAGCUUGCAGGAGUGCCAAGGUGUCAGUUUAUUGAUGACAAUUAAACUGACAUUAUGCCUACAUCUUAUACAAUGAGCAGCUUGCAGCAACUUUUCGAAAGGAUGUACUUACAUAACUUCCAGUCAGCUCCACUCCAUAAAGUACAUUAUGGAAAAGUAUAAUGUUUGAACAUAUUAAGAAUUAAACGAUAAAUUUGAACUACAUGUGGAUUGUAGCAUUUAAAAUUCCAAACAUUCUGUUUUCGUAGGAUAACUGAGUGCCCUGUUUUGCUUUUUCUUCUUUGUAAGAAGUUAACACAUGAGAGGAUACAUAAAUUCACUCCCAUGUAUGCUACAGUGGAGUGUUUACUGAAUCAGAAUGUGGCUUACUCAGAGCUUCUCAGCCUCAAUUUUCCGUCUUUGUUUUAGCGUUGAGUCCAUUUGUCUUUCACAUUGAACUUUACCUCUAUGUAAAACUAUUUCAAAUUGGUUUUUUCUUUUUCUUUUUUUUUUUUUUUUUUUAAAUAAAAUGUGUGAGUUAAUACCUAUUAGAUGGCAGCUGCAUUCUUACGCGUAGCUGCAGAUAAUCUACACUAUUUAUUUUCUCCUUUUGUUGCCUACUGUAACUAUAAUUUAUUUUCUGUCCAACAAUGUUUAGUUUUAACUGCACGGCUUAGUACAGUGUUGUCUUGUAGCAAAGAAAAAAAUGAUUUGAAUCUGAAAAGCAAUAAAAUUUAAGAAUUUGUGUUCUCAGCUCAUGUAAUUUGAUUUUUUCCUAUAUUUUUUUGUCAUGUGAAAAAAAUUUAUGAAAUUGUUCAUAAUUUUGAUAAUUAAGUAAGUUUUGUGCAGAAAUAUAAUAAGAAUGUGUGAUUUUUGUGAGAUUUUGAAAAUAUGAGGCAGCUAGCUAUCUGCCUUUAUUGUAAUUUUCCUUCCAAUGGAUAUUGAUGAUUAUGAUUAAUCGUUAUUAUAAUACAAAUGAUGGCAGUUGAGAUUUUUUUAUGGGAGAAGCUGUCAUAGUUAACAAAGUGUAAAUUUUGUUAUUCUUAGCAACAUACAAUAUUGGCAGAUAGAUGACCCUAUGCUGCAUAGAUAUUUAAACAUAAAAUUGCCUUGGAAUGAAUUGUUUUCCUGGCUGAUUGCCAUACUAACAGCUUAACUGGAUCUGAGUAAUGUAGCAAUGAGUUCUGACUCUUACACAAACAUUAUUGUAGCACUGUUUUUAUAUUUUUCUAUAUUUCUGUUUUAUUUGGGGAAAGAAGUCAUCGCAAAGUUGGUUGUGUACAGCAUAGUAUUUAAAAAGAAAUGGAUCAGAUGCCCUAGUACACAUGGAAAUAUACAUCAUAUACAUUUAAAAUGUUUAAUUAUUAAAAAUGUAAAGUUCUGGUUUCUAUUACAUUGAUUAUUGUUAUUUAGUUUUGGGUUUUCAUUUGUAAAUAUUUCUUUAUAGUGUUUGUGUGAAAUACACAGCCACUUUGUACCUCGACAUACACGGACUGCAUUUUCAUAUACUGUAUAUUUGACAUUCAAAUAUAAAAGCAGUGCUUUAGAUGGUUAUUAUAUUUGCAGGAAAAAUGUCAUAUUUGCAUUUUUGUUGUUUUAUGGCAUCUUUCAAACUGUAAUCUUCCAGAGAAAGCUUUGCUUGGAACAAUUUAAUCUGAUGUGGAGCAACUUUUUCCCUUAUUUUUUUGUUUGAAAAUAAUUUUGAAGCUUCCUACAUUAUUAGGUGUAUGGCCGUACAUAAUUUUCAUUGCCAAAGUAGAGAGAGAGAGAGAGAGAGAGAGAGAGAGAGAGAGAGAGAGAGAGAGAGAGUUCUACAUUCUGCUCAUGUCAUGUGUACUUAAUUAUUGCUCAAAGAGUGGAACACUUUUUUGUAAUAUUUGUUCCUAAGCUUCACUACAGCAAUGAUCAUACAGGGAUCAUUACUUCAUUUUGUUAAAUAAAUUAUUUGUAAAAUUUGAUGAAAUGUCUGGAAGUCAGCAGUCUGAAGAAAAGUGUGAAUAGUGGUUUCAGAUGAAUGGACCAUGCUAUUUCUAGCCAUUGAGAAUUGGAAUGGACUGUCAUUAAAAACUGCUGAAGUAAAUAUAUUAAGUCAGGUUUUUCAUUUCACAAUAGAUGCGUAUAAUUUUUUUGUACUGAAAGCUUAAUUGCUUUUUAUGUCCUCAUAAAUGGCGUGAAUGAUAAACAAUAUAGAAUUAUUUGAUGCGCUACUUCUGUGGUAACAUGAGUGCAUAGUACAAUGAAGUCAUUUUCUAUAAUUCCAAAACUAAAGAAGCACCAGCCAAAUCGGAAUUAAUGUCUUAGGAUGACUGACAAUAUGUCUUACAACAAAGGAUUGUUACACUGUGCUUGUCUUAAUGCUCAUAUUUGUGUGAUCUCCCAGUAUGUGUCAGUGCUAGUACACAGAUGUAGACAACUUUUGGACUAGAAAUGAAAAUUUAAGGUUGAACAAACUCAGACAGUUGACAUUAAUAACAUUGCAUUUGUCUAAAAAAGCAAUAUUGUAGUUUCUUCCCUGUUUGCUUGUUGAAUAGAUUUGUAUUCAUCUUGCAAUGUUCACAUAACUUAAAAAUAAAAUUUUCUGUACAUACAAUCAUUUACUUAUA